ACACUAUAAAUCAUGAAUUAUUGAGAGGGAGAGAGAGAGAGAGAGAGAGAGAGGGAGAGAGGGAGAGGGAGAGAGAGAGUAAAAAUGCAGGGACAUAGCGAGAUGCCAACGAUCCGUAAAUUUCUGUCUCCCCCGUCGCGCCACCCUGCACUGCUGUGGGUUUCCGUUACCUUGUAUCAGAUCGCCAUCACCGUCACUCCAGAGAAGUUCUUCCCAAAAUCACACUGAGCCCCUGAAGGACUUCUUCCCAGAAUCACACUCACAGGGAAGUUCUUCCGAUCGUCCAUAAAUUCUACUCUGCAACUCCACACCCCUUCUUUACAUAGGGAAGAAACAGAGGAAGGGCACCAAAAAUGGCGGAGUUCUUGGACCUGGAAGCCCAGGAUGGUGCGCGGAUGCCCUGGAACGUCAUCCCGGGGACGAAGCAAGAGUCCACGAACAGCGUCAUCCCGGUCUCCGCCAUCUACACUCCCCUAAAGCCCUUUCCCGCCAUGCCCGUCCUCCCCUACUCCCCCCUCCGCUGCCGCACCUGCCGAUCCGUCCUAAACCCUUUCUCCAUUGUCGAUUUCGCCGCCAAGAUCUGGAUCUGCCCCUUUUGCUUCCAACGCAACCAUUUUCCUCCUCACUACGCCUCCAUCUCCGACGACAACCUCCCCGCCGAGCUCUUCCCUCAGUACACCACCAUCGAGUACCAGACCCCUGGCGACACGCCUGCUGCGGCGCCGCCGGUCUUCCUGUUCGUCGUGGACACCUGCGUGAUCGAGGAGGAGAUGGCCUACUUGAAGUCCGCAUUGUCUCAAGCCGUAGAUCUCCUGCCGGAUAAUUCACUUGUCGGGUUGAUCACCUUUGGGACUUACGUCCAAGUUCAUGAGCUUGGGUUCGGGCAGAUCCCAAAAACAUACGUGUUCAAGGGGUCGAAAGAUAUGUCGAAGGAUCAGCUUCUCGAGCACAUGAAUUUCUUUGCGAAGAAGCCGAGACCGAGUGUUGGAGUGAUUGCCGGUGCAAGGGAUGGGCUCUCGACGGAGAGCAUAUCGCGGUUUUUGGUGCCUGCAUCGGAGUGCGAGUUUACGCUGAAUUCUGUUUUGGACGAGCUUCAGAAAGACCCAUGGUCGGUGCCUGCAGAUCAGCGGGCGACGAGGUGCACUAGUACUGCACUGGGUAUUGCUGCGAGUUUGCUGGGAGCAUGUGUUCCUGGUUCUGGGGCUAGAAUUAUGGCUUUUGUUGGUGGGCCUUCAGCUGAAGGUCCAGGCGCUAUUGUAUCAAAAAUUUUGUCUGAGCCAAUACGCUCUCACAAAGACCUGGACAAAGAUUCUGCUCCCCAUUAUCAUAAAGCUGUGAAGUUCUUUGAGGGACUUUCAAAGCAGCUCGUUCAUCAAGGACAUGUGCUUGAUCUAUUUGCUUGUGCCCUUGAGCAGGUUGGGCUUGCUGAACUUAAAAUAGCAGUUGAAAGAACUGGAGGGCUUGUGGUGCUUGCAGAAAGUUUUGGCCAUUCAGUGUUCAAGGAUUCUCUUAAACGUGUGUUCCAGUCUGGUGAAUAUGAUCUUGGUUUAUCAUCAAAUGGUAUAUUUGAGAUAAGCUGCUCGAAGGAUGUCAAAGUCCAGGGCAUUAUAGGUCCUUGCGCAUCUCUUGAAAAGAAAGGUCCUUUGUGCUCUGAAAGUGUUGUCGGUCAGGGGAACACCAGUGCUUGGAAGAUGUGUGGCCUUGACAAAGCUACAUCGUUAUGUUUAAUAUUUGAAAUAGUAAAAAAGGACAUCCCAGAUGUUAUUGGUCAAUCUGCAAGCAAUCAGUUUUACUUUCAAUUUUUAACCUAUUAUCAGCAUUAUAGUGGUCAAAUGAGAUUACGUGUUACAACCCUUUCCAGAAGAUGGGUUACUGGACCUGGAAGCAUACAGGACUUAAUUGCUGGAUUUGACCAAGAAGCAGCUGCUGUAGUUAUGGCACGUCUAGUUUCCUUCAAAAUGGAAACUGAGACUGAAUUUGAUCCUAUAAGAUGGUUGGAUAGAUCAUUGAUACGCUUGUGUUCUCGGUUUGGUGAUUACCAAAAGGACAGUCCAUCUUCUUUCAGCCUAUCUCCACGGUUUUCAAUAUUUCCUCAAUUUAUAUUUCACUUGCGACGAUCUCAGUUUGUCCAGGUCUUUAACAACAGUCCAGAUGAGACAGCAUACUUUAGAAUGAUCCUAAACAGGGAAAAUGUUGCCAAUUCAGUUGUGAUGAUUCAACCUUCAUUGAUUUCAUACUCAUUUCAUUCAGGUCCAGAACCUGCUCUUCUUGAUGUGGCUGCUAUUGCUGCUGACAGAAUCCUACUUUUGGAUUCUUAUUUUACUGUUGUUGUAUUUCAUGGUGCGACCAUUGCUCAAUGGCGGAAUGCUGGUUACCAUAAUCAGCCAGAACAUGAGGCAUUUGCUUUGUUGCUGCGAGCUCCCGGAGAUGAUGCAGAUGCAAUAAUUAAGGAAAGGUUUCCAGUACCUCGGUUAGUCAUUUGUGAUCAGCAUGGCUCCCAGGCCCGUUUUCUGCUAGCAAAGCUAAAUCCUUCGGCUACAUACAACAAUGAUGCUCCUGUUCCAGGAGGGGAUAUCAUAUUUACUGAUGACGUUAGUUUUGAGGUGUUCUUGGAUCAUCUCCAGAGAUUGGCAGUUCAAUAGAAUACAGAGUGACCCCCCAAUUUUGUAAAAUUUGAUUUUGAAAUGCCAUGUAUAGUUGUAAUGCAUGUUGUUUUUCUUCUUGUCUCAGUUUGGGCUUCAUAGUUUGCAAAAGCUUGUAAUGCUUUUAUUAUGAUCUCAAUAAUAUGAAGUAAUUCAAAGUUAGGCUUAGGUUCAACAUCA